CGAAUCUUUGUCUGCAUACCUCUGAUUGUAAUGACUGUCCUAGUCAUCUGGUUCCUCAUUGUUUUAACUACCGCUGUGCAUGUACAGAACACCCAACGACGAAACAUUGUUACCAACACUCUGACUGUUCCAGUUGUUCUGAACAUCACGUGGGAAUUUGUAGUGAACACAGAUGUACAUGUACAGGAAGUAUCCACUGCAGUGUUGGGAAUUGUGAUCGUUUUGGAUGUCCCAGCGGUUCGAAUCCAGAAUGUAUUACAGACGAAAACGGUCAUCAUCACCGGUGCACUUGUAAACCAUCGGCAUCUGCCACGAUCAGCCACUGCAAUGACAAUUCUGACUGCACUAUUUGUUCUGACUAUCAGAUUGGACAGUGCAUCCACAACCAAUGUAACUGCUCUGCCCAAAUGUCCUGCAUUUACAACAAUGAUUGUCAUGGGUAUGGUUGUGGAAGCAGUUUAUAUCCACAAUGUGCUAACCUAGACGGUCACUCUCGAUGUCUUUGUGAAGCAUCUUCACCAUCUGCCAGACACGAAUGUGAAAAAAGUACCGACUGUACUAAAUGCCACGAUUAUCAAGUUGGACAGUGUAACCACAACCAAUGUACCUGCUCUGCCCAAAUGUCCUGCAUUUACAACAAUGAUUGUCAUGGGUAUGGUUGUGGAAGCAGUUUAUAUCCACAAUGUGCUAACCUAGACGGUCACUCUCGAUGUCUUUGUGAAGCAUCGUCCCCAUCCGCCAGACACGAAUGUGAACAAAGUACCGACUGUACUAAAUGCCACGAUUAUCAAGUUGGACAGUGUAACCACAACCAAUGUACCUGCUCUGCCCAAAUGUCCUGCAUUUACAACAAUGAUUGUCAUGGUUAUGGUUGUGGAAGCAGUUUAUAUCCACAAUGUGCUAACCUAGACGGUCACUCUCGAUGUCUUUGUGAAGCAUCGUCCCCAUCCGCCAGACACGAAUGUGAACAAAGUACAGACUGUACUAAAUGCCACGAAUAUCAAGUUGGACAGUGUAACCACAACCAAUGUACCUGCUCUUCUGAAAUAUCAUGCAGUUACAACAAUGAAUGUCAUGGUUAUGGUUGUGGAAGCAGUUUGUAUCCACAAUGUGCUAACCUAGACGGUCACUCUCGAUGUCUUUGUGAAGCAUCAUCACCAUCCGCCAAGCACGAAUGUGAACAAAGUUCCGACUGUACUAAAUGUCCCGAAUAUGAAGUUGGCCAGUGCAACCACAACCAAUGUACCUGCUCUGUCAGAAUGUCAUGCAGUUACAACAAUGAUUGUCAUGGGUUUGGUUGUGGAAGCAGUUUAUAUCCACAAUGUGCUAAACUAGACGGCUACUCUCGAUGUCUUUGUGAAGCAUCAUCACCAUCUGCCAAGCACGAAUGUGAGCAAAGUUCCGACUGUACCAAAUGUCCAGAAUAUCAAGUUGGCCAGUGCAACCACAACCAAUGUACCUGCUCUGCUAAAAUGUCAUGCAGUUACAACAAUGAUUGUCAUGGUUAUGGUUGUGGAAGCAGUUUGUAUCCACAAUGUGCUAACCUAGACGGUCACUCUCGGUGUCUUUGUGAACCAACGCCAUCAUCAACCAGACACGAAUGUAAUGGGAGUUACGACUGUACUAAAUGUCCCGACUAUGAAGUUGGCCAGUGCAACCUCAACCAAUGUACCUGCUCUGCCGAAAGGACGUGUGUUUACAACAUUGAUUGCCAUGAGUAUGGUUGUGGAAACAAUUGGAUUUCAGUUUGUGCAAACCUUGACGGUCACUCUCGAUGUCUUUGUGAACCAUUGUCACCAACUUCCAGACACGAAUGUGAGAAGAGUUCAGAUUGUACUAAAUGUCCUGAUGAUAAGAUUGGACAGUGUAAACACAACCAAUGUACCUGCUCUGAUACAACAACAACAGAAACAACAGUAUUUACUACAUCUGCUCCAUCUUCCACAAAAACACAAAGCAAACUAUCAACAUCGAUUAAAUCAACAACAGCAGGGAAUACUUCACCAAUUACUCCAGUAAAGCCGGGUGCAUCUUCUACAAUUUCAGUCAUAUCAACCUCAUUGUUAUCAACUAAAAAGGCAACAACAACAGACCAAGGAAAAAGUACUGCCUUUGUUUCGACGACAAUGCCUACAACGGCCCAAACAGAUUCAACGAAAACAACUAGUUACCAGUCAACUAUAUCUUUAGGUUAA